UCGACAGUGUUGGUGUCCGCUGACUCCUUCAACACUCUUGAACACGCGCCAUUUGAACGCCGCAUUCACGUUCCCACCUCCGAACCGCUCCUAUCUAUAAUAUACCCACCGUUCUCCUCUCCAUUGCCUCGGCCUCAGCUUCAGCUUCUUCUUCGUAUCUUCUAUUCUCUCGCCUAUGGGGAAUCUGCUCUCGGGCCAAGCGCCCGACGGCAAGGUCGUGCUCCCCGACGGCACUGUCCUUGAGCUCGACCGCCCGACGUCCGUGGCGGAGCUCAUGCUCGAGCACCCGCGCCAGUACGUGCUCGACCUACGGUCCCUGUCCGCCGGCAACUCCAACGCUGCACCGCUCCCCGCGGAUCACAUGCUGGAGGCCGGUAAGGCCUACGUGAUGCUUCCGAUGGCCCAUGGGAGAGCCACCGGCUUGUCGGCGGGCGAGGCCCGUCGGGUCCUGGCGGCGGCAACCCGAUCGAUGACGAAGAUGCAGCAACCGCCGUGCACGCGCGCGGUGGGGGUGACGGAGAGCGAGCGAGCGGAAUGGCCGGCAGAGGAGUUUGAGGAGGGAACGGAGUUCUUCAGGCGGCAGCAUUCGAGCAAACGGUGGAAGCCGAGCCUUGGUACGAUAGAAGAGGAGAGUUUGGAGAGGAAGGUGCCUCAUUGGUUGUUUUAAGAGCUGCAAUUGCAUGUAACAGUAGUUAUUAUGGUUAUGUGCCUAUGGCUGUACGAGAAUUAAGUUGCAGAGGAGUGUAGAAAGAAACACCUUCCAGAUUAGACUCGAAUCAGACCAAACUAGGACGAGACGAAGCGGCGGGAGUCAACGCCUUCUCUCUUCAAUGAGGACCCUUGAAAACCCAUAAUGACCCAUGUCUCGGUGCAAAAAUGUCAUGCUGGUUUCGACGAGAUAGUUGGCUCUCGAACCACAUCUGUUCGGACGUUGUGUUGACAUUGGACUAUCAAGCUUCAUGCAAUUCAAUUCA